AUGGCUUUGACUAAAGAUGAACUAAUCAGCGCAAUCAAGGAAAUGAAUGUCGUUGACUUGGCCGAGCUGGUCAAAUCUCUGGAAGAAGAAUUCGGCGUGACCGCAGCCGCCCCUGUUGCUGUUGCCGCCGCCCCGGCCGGUGGUGACGCCUCCGCCGCUCCUGCGGAGGAGGAAAAGACCGAGUUCGAGGUCCACAUCCAGGAAAUCGGACCUAACAAGAUCAACGUCAUUAAGGCCGUCCGGGAAGUCACCUCCCUCGGACUGCGCGAGGCCAAGGAACUGGUGGAAUCCGCUCCUGCCGCCGUCAAGGAAUCGUGCCGCGCGACGAAGCCGACUCGGUGA